AUGCAGGCUGUUCAGCCGUCUUCACGAAAGCAGAGCAUCUUGCCCGCCAUCAGCGCGGACACCUUGCACGAUGUUCCCGAUGUCGUUCGUCAGAGUCAAUCGCCGAUUUUACGUCCUCCGGCGGUCUCAUCAAUUGCCUCAGGGCAUGAAGAGAGGACGAGAUCGAAUGAGCGUACACCAGUCGCGGAGAGUCUGACGAUAAAUCGAUCACUGCCUGUAACGGAUACUUUCGCGGACAUCAGAGUCACCCAACCAUCAGCCUCUCUGCUUUCGGAAAGCGUGGAUCAUUCUACAGAGGCGCCGACCAAUCUGGAUACCUCCAGCUACGGCGUCGCGUUUACCGAUGACUUUGAUUGGAAUUUUUACGACGACGAGAUAUUUAGUCUUCUACUCCCAACACCUACGACUGCUCCCACCGAUGGCUUUUCUCGGUCACAACCUUCGCCCAAGUGUGCUCAAGACUCUACGUCCAGGCUUCGCGAUGGCGAGUGGCUUCGAGGUUCUGCGGAAGCAGGGCGAAAAGCACUCGUUGCCAUGAAUAGAGUUAUUCAGAGUCUACCCGAGUCCUUUAUAGUUACAACAGAAAGCGAGGACACGGCUUCCACAUUCUUUGAAGACUGCCUCGACCUGUUCUUCCGCCACCAUCUCACUGUGGCUCCCAUUGUGCAUAAGCCAACUUUCAAUCCACGGGAGUGCAAUGCCACUGUACUCCUCUACAUUUUGUCGCUCGGUUCCUGUUUUUUGCCGUAUGCAGCUUACAAGGCAGACUCACUUUACUUGGUCUCGCACGCGGUCAUGGCCAACGCCUGGGAACAACUCCUAACCAACAAGGGGCCGCACGAUGUGCAUAGCGGUGUGCAGCUUGUGCAGAGUUGUUCCUUGGGCGGAACUUAUGCGAUAGUAUGUAUGAACCCGCGCAUUCGGAAAAUGAGCCAUGUUGCUCGUGGCCUUGGAUCAGUAUGGGCUCGUGAAUGUGGGCUUUAUCGUCCCAGAUCUCCAUACGGGGUUGUAAUUCCUUCUAUUGCGGCACCCUCUAAACAGAAGCUUGAAGUGUGGCAGAAAUGGGUGGCAGAAGAGGUACAGGUGCGAAGCCUGCUUUGGCAAUAUGUCUUGGACGGACUUUCCUCACUCUUCUAUCGCCAACCCACACUGUUGCUGCAUGAGACAAACUCCAUGUUACUGCCAACGGCAUCUGCAGCUUUCGAAGCAAGCACGGUAGACGCCUGGAUUGAAGAGAUAUCAAGAUCUGACAGCGAUAGCCAAGUGACUGUUCAAUCGUACGUGAGAGCCCUUUUCCGUGGCGAGACAGAGAUCAUAAACAAACCAAUCUCCGAGCUUGCCAUUCGUGUCGUCCUGGAAUGCUUACAGAGUUUGAUUCUUCGGGUGGCUGAAACGACUGAGGAGACUAUUGGCAUGGUGAAUAAGCAGGAAAUCUGCGUCGCUCUUCUCAACCUUAAACACUGGCAGCUUCAUCUUUCCCGUGCAGCAACUGAAUUGCUCCUACGCUGGCAUUCGGUCUUCUUGAGCAUGUCAGUCGAUAUCAGGCGGCUGUCUUUCAGUAUUGGACCGGAGCGCUAUGUUGAGGAGUUGUUUCAUCCGUCGCAGAGCGAGAUCGAGGAGCAUCAAGCACUCGACUUGCCUAACUGGGUGCGCACCGAUGAUGCUCGAAGAGCAAUACUACACGCCAUAGCAAUCGGAGAACUCGUUCAGAGUCUAUCAAUGGCCGAGUUAUUCGCCGUCCACAUGCCAUUUACGAUAUUUUCAGCCGCAGCGGUUGUGGCUGCAUUUCUAUCAGCCGAAAUUCGCACCUUGCCAAUGCCAUCACACAUUGAUUGGCAAGGCCUCUAUCAGUGUCCCAAAGAUACCUUUCCCGAGAGUGGUACGCACUCGAUUGAGAUGGCAAGCUAUCUGGCUGGGACUUCGGUUCCAGGGGUUAACCUCCCACGCUUGAGGAAAAUCUCAACGGAGUUAAGCAUCUUUCACUCUCAGAUCACAGCAAUAUCGGGCACCUGGGGGAUCACCAGAUCGAUGCAGAAGAUUCUUGAGCGUUGGGCACAACUUCCACGUGGUGGAAGAUAG